AAAAGCAAAGAAGAAAAACAAAUCAAAUGGAAUAAUAUUGUUCAAAACGUACUCGAGCAUGCGAUGCUCGUUGUUUGAAUUAUAAGUAUGGGUUGGUAGAAAAGAAAAAGAAUUUAUUCUGGUGUUCAAAUUACUUUUAACUGGUCAGGAUGUUCAAACAAAGCACUAUAUCGACUCAGUACCUGAGGUCUGGAAGGAUUGCUGUUACAAUAAUCGAUGUAAAAGAUCCUGCACAUUAUGUUGUUAAAGAAUAUGCAAGUAUCGGAGCCUCGCUUCAAGUUAUUAAAUUUAUUGAAGUUGAAGAAACGAUGCAAAAUUAUUAUAGAUCUAUAGAAUUGCCAUUUAGCCAAAUUCCAUUAAAGGAUACAAUUGUGAUUGUUUUGUUUAACAAGAAGUUCUUCCGUGCUCAAGUUCAAAGCAUAAUUAAUACAACAAGAGGAUAUACUUUUAAAGUUUACCUUUUGGAUUAUGGGAAAGAAUGCACUGUACCUCGCUCUUGUGUAUAUGAAAUUAAUUCUGAUUUUUUGGCACAUCCUUUCCAAGCAAUUACUUUUAAACUAUUUGAUGUUGAACCAAUUAGCUUAGUUGUGAAUUCAACAGAUUUGACUCUAUCUUAUGGUCCUGUAGAUUCAUGGGAUCCUUCUUCUGUAUCUUAUAUUACAAAUAUGAAAAGAGAUAUGGAGGAAGCAUAUAUUGAAGUAAAAGGUGUUGAAAAAAAUAUGCUUGUUGGAUCUCUUUAUGUUACUCUUUGUGAUGGUGAAGUUAUUUGCGUUAAUGAUGAACUGAUUGGGAAACAAUUUGCUCGUGCUUAUCCUGAUAGUUCAGAACUAAUAAUAACAUUAGAAAAUUAUGUGCAACAGCGGUCUCGUCCACCAACACCGUGUGCUAAGUUACCAAUCUAUUCUUCUGCAGAAAGUAUUUCUUCUACAAGUUCUUCCAAAAGUUUUAAGGUAUUUUAUAUUUUAAACUUUUUUGUUACAAAUAGUAUUGCUCUGUCUUUGUUUGUUUUUCUUAUUCUUUCUUUUAAAAAGUGGCCUAGUAAUCGGGUUAAUUUUGUAUAAAUAUCUACCAUCUAA